AUGGUGUCCAUUUCAGCGAUGGAGAAAACUAAUUCUACACCUGUAUGCAUUGCACACCUUGAUAAUAAUUUGCUUUACCAAGGACAUUUUACAAACUACACGAAAAACUGCAAUGUUUUGUCCUCCGAGUUCCGAGAAAAUUAUGCAAACAAGAACCGACUGAAAACAUUCCGCUCCAUCAGCAUACACAUUUGGGCUGAGCGCUGGAGCUUGACAGUUCCACCUUGUGCUCCGUUACAGAGCAAGUUUGUUGUUUGCAUUGGAACUGGAGAAUCGGAAAGGUUGCGGAAUCCUCUUCCAUUGUUCUGCUGGAACAGUAAAUAUAAUAAGCCUAUGGAGUUCUGCAUUGAUUUCGUCAAUAGGGAAACCUAA